GUCUGCUGCGCCCACCAAUUUUUCCAAACCCGCACAUUUUUCUGCAUCGUUUUGUUGUCAAUGUUGUGUUUGAAUUUUUUCUACUUUGAAUGAUGUUCUGUGCGCACAGCUAAUCCAGGAAUUUUUUCCCCUUGAUCCACAGCGUGUCUUCCCUGUUGCUCAACCGUGUUAUGCACGGUACUCCCCCGUCAGCAUCAUGGUGUUGGAGGGACUGUUAGCGGAACUGCUCAACCGCUACAUCGGGGAUUAUGUGGAGAAUCUCGACCCGAAGCAGCUCAACCUGGGCAUUUGGGGCGGGGAUGUCAAGCUCCACAAUCUGCAGAUCAAACCCGGCGCACUCGAUGAUCUGGAUCUGCCGUUCAAAAUCACCCACGGACGCCUCCGGAGUCUGGUGCUGAAAAUCCCCUGGAAGAAUUUGUACAAGCAGCCUGUUGUCGUGACUGUCAGCGGGCUGCAUUUGGUGGCGAUUCCCAAUAUUGGACUAAAGUACAAUAAAGAGAAGGAGGAAAAGGAAGCCGUUGAAGCGAAGCAACGCGAAUUGAGACGGUUGGAAGAUGCGAAGAAACUCCACAAAAAUGCGGGCGAAACGCCGGCGCAGCAGGACUCCUUCGUGGAGAAGAUGGCCACGGUGGUUAUUAAGAAUUUGCAGGUGGAUAUUAGUGAUAUUCAUAUCCGUUUUGAGGAUAAAGUCUCCAGUCCGUCCACGCCGUUUGCGGCUGGCAUUACGCUGAAAAAGCUCAGCUUUUUGACAACGAACGAAAACUGGCUGGAUGAAGCCGUGGCUGAUGCCAGCAAAUUCGUCUACAAGAUUAUUAAUCUGGAAGCGCUGUCAGUUUACUGGAGCCCGGAAAUGCGCGAAUCCCUCAACGACAUGGACGACGCCAACCGGGAAGCGGCCUUCACCGCCAACAUCGCCGGCAAAGACAACCGGCCCAACCUCGCUUACGUUUUGGAGCCGAUUCAUCUGACGUGCAACCUCCGACUGAACCCCAAACCGGAACACGACGGCACCAACUACCAGAUCCCCAAGAUUGAUUUGAAGCUCAUGCUGGAAUCGCUGGCGCUGACGCUCACGCGCAAACAGUAUGAGGGGAUUGUGUUGUUUGCGGAUGCCCUGGACACCGUGACAUUGAAAUCCAAAUACCGGAAGUACGAUCCGCCGGAGCAUCCGAUUGUCUACAAACGGAACGCUCGUGAAUGGUGGAAUUACGCGCAGCGGUGCGUACUGGAGGCGGACGUGAAGCCGCGGCUGGAGGGCUGGGUGUGGGCGCACAUCAAGAACCACCGCGACAAACUGCGCAAGUACCGCCGACUGUACACGCAGAAACUGAUCACGGCCAAACCGGCGGCGGCGCUGCUGAGCGACAUCGAGGCCAUGGAGCGCGACCUGACCAUCUUCAACAUUGUCCUCAUGCGCCAGCAGGCCGAGCUGGACGCCAAGAAGCUCAAGCCGGCGCAGCAGGAGCAGAACACCGGCUGGUGGGGCUGGAUGACCGGCAAGGGCAAACAACCCCAGCUGAGCGACACGGAGCUGGAGAAGAAGUUGGCGGACAUCAUGACGCCGGAGGAGAAGAAGAAGCUGUACGAGGCCAUUGACUACAAGGAGGGCGCGCCCAUCAUGAUGUACCCGGCCUCCUUCGUGGAGAACCGCUUCGACGUCAAACUGGCCACGCUGGCCGUCUCCAUCGUCGAGGACAGCAAGGGGCCCGCCAAGGACUCGCUGCUGGUGCUGGCGCUGAAUAAUGUCGCCAGCCGCAUCGAGCAGCGCCCCUCCGCCGGCGGAUUAAAGGUCAAAGCGGUUAUACAGGACCUGGCGGCGCUCGGAGUGCCGCGCGACGGUACCCGGCCGGAGAUCAUGGUACCCGCUGGGCGGGACGAAGGCGGCAAGGAGCACCUGCUGGAUGUGCUAUUCGAAACCAAGCCGGAGGAUUCGCAGCGGGAAUACCGCGUCAAACUGGCCGCGGCGCCCGUACGGGUUAUCUACGACGCGGAAACCAUCAACCAUGUCGCCAACUUCUUCAAACCGCCCAAAUCGCUGCAGCUGAAACAGCUGCAGGUGGCCGCGGCGGCCAAAUUCCAGGAGCUGCGUGAAUCAUCCACCGCAGGAUUGCGUUUCGCACUGGAGACGCACAAAGAAAUUGACGUGGACAUCCACCUGAAUGCGUCGUACCUGAUCGUCCCGGAGACGGGCGUGUACAGUGAGAACGGGUGCAAAUUGAUCGUGGAUUUUGGUGACAUGCACAUGCGCAACAUCGACGUGCCGGAUCGGGUGUUGAAGCGCGGAGAAGAGGAUCUAAUGAAGCUGGAGGAGUCGCUGUACGACAAGUACUCGCUGGCGCUGCAGAACAUCCAGAUCAUCUUCGCCCAGGGCGCCGAGAACUGGCAGGCGGCGCGCCGGGCCGAUAGGCAGACGCCCAUGCAUUUACUGCAGCCGUUGAGCUGCGGAUUGGAAUUACAUCAGUGUAUCCUGCAGAACGAUCCCAACCGGCCCAUGCUCCGCGUCAUCGGUGAAUUGCCGAGCAUCGCGGUGAGUUUAACCGACGAGCGGCUGCUGCAAUUAUGCCGGCUGGGCUUGAGUAUCCCCCUGCCGGAAUCGGCGCCGGUGGAGCAGGAGACGGUGACCAAUAAGGAAGUAUUUAAAAAAGAGUUGCAGCGGGAAGCGCGCAGUAUGGCUCGUUCCAAUAAGGAUUUACAAGCGGCGCAGAAGCUGUUCGAUGAUGACAGUCCCGAUGAGGGCAUCGCGUCGGCCUCCGAUGAGGACGAGGAGAGCCAGGAGGUCUUCUUCGACGCGGUGGACAGUGAGACGCCGCGGAAACGCCGGCGGUCCACCAAGACCAGCACGCGCUUUAAAGCCGUCGACGCCAACUUCACGUCCACGCAGAUUCGGUUUGAGUUGAACGAGAUUUCGUUGAGUAUUCACCGCGGGAAGAGCGAAGUGCCGAUGCUGAAGUGCGUGUUGUCCACCAUCAUCACCGAGGUGUUCGUGCGCACCUUCGACAUGGAGCUGGGGCUGGCGCUGGCCAACGUCAGCGUCGACUAUUGUCGGCAGUCCACCGGCGAGAUCAUCAAGAUGCUGCGCCGGCAUCAGGGUGAUGACGAGAACGCCAAGGGCGUCCUGCUCCGCCUCGACUACCGCAGUGCCAAAUCCAAUGCACCGAAUUUCGAAGAAACAUACGGAAAGACGCUGACGCGUUUGGGCGCGGAUUUUGUGGGAUUGGAUGUGAUAAUGGACCGCGAGGGAUUAAUUGAGAUUAAGCAGUUUGCCAAUGAGAUGCAGGAGGAAUUGGCGGCGCUGAUGCCGGCCAAAGAAGGCCCAGUGGUCUCCGCCGUCGACCAGCCCGAUCAGAAAGAGGAUCAUACCAUUAUGAUUUCCACAAAAACUUCCGAUAUUAUUAUGAUGGACAUCCACGCCCGGCUGCACACGCUGAGCGUGACGCUGCUGACCGGUCGGCGGGAGCUGGCGUACUGCGCCCUGGAGGAGAUCUCGGCGCACGUGCUGCAGGACAAGGAGAAGAUGACGGUGGACGCGCAACUGAAGCGCAUCAAGAUCGACUACCCCCUCCCGGGCGGCAUGUACCCCCACGUGGUCCACACCCUGUCCGACGAGGUCCUGUCCGUGCACUACGUCGGCUACAGCAAUCCCGCCAUCAAGACCGACGUCAACUCCCACGAUAUGGCCGUCAACCUCAGUUUGGGCGCUAUCCAGAUUAUUUUCCUCAAUAAGUUUGUGGCGGAAAUCCUGGACUUCCUGUCCAGCUUCCAGACGGCCCAAGCCAGGCUGGUGGAAGUGACGUCGGCGGCGACGCAAUCCGCGGUGCAAUCAGUGCAGACCGCCUACACGGACGCCAUCCGCAUUAAAAUGGAUAUUAAAAUCAAAGCGCCCAUCAUCGUCAUGCCGCAGCACUCGCGCAGCGGCAACGCCAUCCUCGUCGAUCUGGGCACGCUGCUCCUCUCCAACUCCUUCCAGCUGACCCCGGAAAAGGCCAUCAUGGACCAUAUGAAGAUCGACUUCUCCGCCGUCAAACUCAGCCGUUUGGUGUUCGGUGAGCAGCAGCGCGUAGUAAAAGAAAUCAGCUUACUCAGCCAGCCACAACCCAUGGAGCUCUCCAUCGUCCGCAAUUUAAGCGGUCUAUGGUUCAGCGGCGCCCCCGACAUCACCGUGACGGGCGGGCUGAAAUCCCUGGAGCUGCGUUUAAGCAAAUUCGACUACGCCGUCCUCAUGGCCAUCCUGGCCGAGAACUUUGCCGAAGCCGGCAGCCCCACCCCUCCACCCCCUCCGCCGAUUCGCGCCGGGAUGCUGGCCCCGGGGGCGGAGUCGUCCAUCCCGCCGCCCAAAUCCCCACAGGUCAAACGCGAACCGGCGUCGACGGGGCAAUCAGCGUCGCAGCCGAAACUGACGAAGAUCAAGGUGGCGUUCAGUAUUGGGAAUAUCUCCGCCAUGCUGUAUUUGAAGGAGCUGCCGGAUGUGAAGGAGGAGCGCGUGACGGAGGCGUUGUGCGGCGCGGCGAUCAGCGAGAUGCGGGCGUUUGUGGAGAUGUUCAGUGAUAAUUCCAUGACCGUCACGGCGACGUUGGGGAAUAUUGUUCUGGAUGAUUUACGUAGACAAGCCGAUGGGUUUUUAAGGGAGCGGAAAGACCAGCUGCACCGGCGCAUGCUGGAACGCAAACCGGACACGGAGGGCAACAUGCUGAGCGUUGUAAUUCAACAACGUCCCAACGGCGACAAGGACCUGGACGUGGUCGUCGCGGCCAUCCAGGCCAACCUGGUCAUGAGCUUCUACCUCGGGAUGCUGGAGUUCAUCGCCAGCAGCGGCCCGGAGGAGAAAAUCAUCGAAAUCUCCGAGACCGGGACCUCCUUACCCACCCACGACCACGGGACCCCCUCCCGUCCCCCGCCCAGCCCCGGGAAACCCCCCACCACCAAGACCACGGUCAAGGAGGCCCCCAAACCUGCGCCGCCGCAGCGCCCGCUUAAUACCAUGCGGAUCAACGUGAAAGUCGACCGCCCGGAGGUGCUGCUGAUCGAGAACCCCUUAUUAGCUGAUUCGCGGGUCCUGGUGUUGAAGACGGAUGUGAAAUUCACGAUGUUGGUGACGCCGGAGGUGUCGACGAUGGAUUUGAGCUGUAUCCAGCUGCAGAUGUUUUUAGCGACGUUCGAGGAGCGGAGUGAGAGGUUGAAGCCGGUGUUGCUGCCGGUGGAGGUGGGCGUGCACGCUAGUACGCCGUUUGGGGGCCGGCAGAAGCUGGCGGUGACCGCGGGGUACGUCAAUUUGACCAUCUCCCCCGUGGCGGUGCAGACGAUUAUGGGCGUCGUGGCCGGGCUAGGGCAGACCGCCGGGACGGAGGUUGUCAUGCAGAAUAAGCAGAAUCACGAAGGUUUAUGGCUGGCCAAACCGGUGGAACGGGAGUCGAUGUGGUUUUUAUCGGACAUUGAGAACGAGGAGGAAUGGGUGGACAUGGAGGUGGACCGCGCCAUCGACGGCAUCGUGGAGGACGUGUUCACGGCGGGGGAUCAGCUGACGCUGAACACGGAGGCCGUCGUCAUCGUCCUGGAGACCAGCUACGGGCCGCGCACCAUCCCCAUGCUGCUGCUGGAGGCCAAGUUCAACUGCGCCGUCGAGGAUUUUACGAAAAAGAUGCACUGCACCGGGACGCUGCAGUUGGAGGUGGCGUAUUACAACGAUCUGUACGAUGUGUGGGAGCCGCUGCUGGAGCCGGUGGAGGACUCCAAGAACUACCGGCCCUGGCAGAUGCAGGUGGAGGUGAAGAAGAACAUCACGGCGGACGAGAACAUCCAGGCCCUGGCCCGCGUCGCCGCCCAACCGCUCCCGAUGGCCAUCCCGCACUCGGACAGCACCAUGUCCAUCUCCUCCUCCGUGGCCUCCGUGUCCGACGCCUCGGAAGCGCUGCGCCGCACCGCCGCCAUGACCGUCUCCGUCAGCUCCAUGGAUCCGCUGCAGUUGACGCUCAGUCGGCGGACGUUGGACGUCAUCUCCAAGAUGGCCGAAUCCUUCACGGCCGCCAUCUCCAACCAGGAACCCAUCAUGGUCUAUUCGAAGACCGCGCCGUAUAUUGUCAUUAACGAUACCGGCCUGGAUGUCGUCAUCGGCACCACCGGGACGCUGGUCUUCGGGGAAGCGGUGCGGACGGAGAUGCUGGUGCGCAACGGCGACAAAGUGGAGUUUUAUCUGAAAGACGCGGAGAUGCAGUUGACGGCGUCGGUGCUAAAAAUGCAGGAGAGCAUCCGGCUGAAACCGCCGACCAUCCGCGUCAAGAUCGGCGAGAAGAGCGCCGACAUCUUAGUCUCGCGCGCCGAGACCCGCUUUUAUUUCAUCGAGAACGUGGCGGACCAGUCGAAGCCGGUGCGCCUGGUGGCCGAGAUCCGCUCGGACAUGGGGCACAAGGAGGUGACGCUGCGCUCCACGGUGCAGGUGGAGAAUCUCCUCCCGACCGCUGUGGAGAUCUUCUGCGGGACCAGCGGGAAGAUGGAGCGCCUGGGCACGGUGCCGGGCGGCGAGAAGUGCAAUUUGCCGGUGCCGGCGGUGCAGAAUUACGAGGUGGUGGGGCUGGCGUGCCGGCCGACGGAGUACAGUUAUCUGCAGCAGAGUGCCGCGCUGGGACUCGAUAAGGUGAUCGACAUGGCCAACAAGGGCGAGGAAAAGCUGAUGCAGUGUAACGCGCAGAAGUCCAGCGCCGCGGAUAAGAUUGACAAUUUCUACUUCAACGCCUUCUCCCGGCUGGUCAUCGUCCGCUACGGCAAUACCCACACGACCACGCCCAACAGCCGCUUCUAUCAGCUUGUCCUGAAACCGAUCUACUCUGUGGCCAACAUCCUCCCCAUCCCCUUAAGCGUCCACGUCCAGAACGCAUUAGAACCCGGCGUGACCCUGCCCCCCGGGGGCUCCACCUCCAUCUGCAACGCCCGCGUGGGGGAGAACCAGUUAAUCUUCACUUUAGACGAUUUCGCCGGCAAGACCUGGUCCGGCAGUCUCCCCCUCAUCGCAUUAGUCGACGAGAUGGUCCUGCUCCCCAUGAAAUCCGGCGAGGAGAUCAUGAACUUUGGCAUCCGCAACGUCAAAGAACAAGGGACGAAUUUCCUGUCCGUCUACUGUCCGGUGUGGAUUAUGAACAAGACCGGGCUGGAACUGAGUUACCGCGAGCCGUUGAUCCUGCACCGAGCGGAUUCGGGGGAGGUGCCGAUAUUGUUUACCACGAAAACGCUGAACUCGAAGAAGCGGGUGGCGCUGAAGGCGGCCGAUUCGGAGUGGUCGGAGAAGUUCAGUCUGGAUACCAUCGGGAGCAGUGGAGUGUUAUCGUGUAAACGGGCCGAUGGCUCGUUGGCGUACGAGUUCGGGAUUUCGAUUAAGCCCAGCUCGGCGGUGCUGACGCGCUUGGUGGUCAUUAUGCCCUACUACAUGUUCCAGAAUAAUUCCGACGUGAACAUUGCCGUGCGAGAGGAAAACCCGGACGCGGCGUGGAUCGUGGUGCCGAAGAACAGCUGCCGGCCCUUCUGGCCGCAGUAUCUCUCGCCGCUGGUGUGUCUGCGCAUCGAAGGCACGCAGGAACUGACGUCGGCCUUCCGUUACGGCGUCCUGCAGAGCGUUUUACUGGCGCUGAAGAAUCCGUACGGGGGGAUCUACGUGCAGACGCAGGUGUCGGAAUCCAACGUCACCUGCUCCUUAUCGCUUUAUUCCCCGGGCACGGCCGCCGCGCUGCUCAUCAACGACACCAACAAGACCAUCCUCUUCAAACAGGAGACGUACCCGGAUUACGCCGUGUUGCCGGCGAAUUGUCAGCAGCUGUUCACGUGGGUGCUGCCCAGUGAAGCCAAGGCGUUGGUGUGGACGGAGGAGGGCGGUGAAUCCGAAGCCAACCGCGCCGUGGAUCUGAACCGCGACGAUGUGGGCGUGAAUUACGCGGCGGACGGCAGCAGUCUGGUGUGGGUCAGCUUCCUGGACGGUGUGCAGCGCGUGUUGCUGUUCACGGACCGCAAGGAAGUGGCGCAGCAGUGCAGUCGCUCGCUGGACAACGAAGUGAGCAAUGUGGAGUUGAACGUGGCGCUGGACGGGAUCGGCGUGUCCCUCGUGGAUAAUAACGCCAAACGGGAGAUUAUCUAUCUGGGGAUCGUCAGUCCGGGCGCCGUGUGGAUGGGCCGGAAGAUCGGCGCCAAGAAAUUCAAACCCAUGAAUUUAGGGGAAACGAAGCCGUUGGAGGUGGCGUACAACCAGUGGCAGAUGCUGCGGGAGCGCGACAAAUCCCGGACGCGCUCCAACAUCAUCACCGUGGACGACACGGAGAUCACGUUCGACGCGCAGGGCCCGGCGCUGAUGACCAAGCCGAAGAAGCGCGAGAUCCAGCGCACCUACCAACCCGGCAUGUGGUGCCGCGUGCGCAGCAGCGACCAUCACACGCAGUUCCAUCUCAAACUGCACAAAAUCCAACUGGACAACCCCAUCAUCGCCGGUACCCGCUAUCAAGUAGUCCUGUAUCCGGUGCCAUUGCCGGCCACCGCCGAUUACAAGCCCUUCACGGAGAUCAGCGUGGUCCUGCGCAACGCGGAAAAAUCCGCCGUCACACAGUACAAAUUAUUAACGCUACUCAUCCAGGAAUUCGAAUUGCGCAUCGACCAGGCGUUCAUUAACGCCCUGGUCGGCAUGUUCAGCGGCGAAUCCACCAACGCCUUCGCCGAACGCACCAAAAUGCUGGACAGCUUUAGAAAAUACGAUUUAGCGGAGAUCCCGCGCUCCCUGCAGGAGACGGUGGCGAAGGGCUUCGGGGAGGAGCGGCAGGCGUAUUACGAGAAAUUAAUGCUGCAGCCGAUUAAAAUUCAUUUGAGUUUUUCAUUGAGCGGCGGACAUGUGGAGAAAAGAAGUGGAUUGGCUAUGCCGGCCGAGUUUAUCACGCUGUUUAUUAAGAGCAUCGGGGUGACGGUCACGGAGGCCAAUGAUGUCGUGCUGAAGCUGGGCACGUUUGAGCGCGAUUUCCGAUUCAUCAGUCAGAAGCAGUUGGUGGGCGAGGUGCAGUCGCACUACAUCGCGCAGGUGGUCAAGCAGAUCUACAUGCUGGUCUUCGGACUGGACAUCCUGGGCAAUCCCUUCGGGCUGGUACGCGGCAUCGGCGACGGCGUGAAGGAUCUGUUUUACGAGCCGUAUCUCGGUGCGGUGGAGGGUCCGGAGGAGUUCAUGGUCGGACUGACCUCGGGCGUGCGCAAUUUCGUCGGCAGCACCGUCGGCAGUACCAUGGGCGCCGUGGGCCGGGUCACCGGGACACUGGGACGGGCCGUGGCGGCGUUGAGCUUCGAUCAGGAGUUCCAGGAGCGCCGACAAGCGGAACUGAAUCGCAGCGGCGGCGAUUUCGCCGGCGGAAUGGCCUCCAGCGGCCGGCAUCUGGUGUCCGGGGUGGUCGAGGGCGUCACGGGGGUGGUGCGUCGACCGUGGGAAGGCGCGAAGGAGGAGGGCGUGGAGGGUUUCGUGAAGGGUCUGGGUAAGGGCUUUUUAGGGCUGAUCGCCCGGCCCACCACCGGGUUAAUCGACUUCGCCUCGGGCUCCUUGAACACCAUCGGGCGCGCCGUCAAAGGCGACAACACGGUGGAGUGGCUGCGCAAUCCGCGCUUCAUCGCCUCCGACGGCAUCGUCCGGCCCUACAACCUCCACCAGGCCGAGGGCGGCCUCAUCUUCAAGAACAUCAAGAACGGCGACUACGCCAAGACCGACGAGUACAUCACGCACCUCGUCACGUCGCGCGAACGCCGGUACAUUCUGAUGCUGACGUCCAAGCGCGUCAUCUGUCUGGAGCGCGGCGACGUGAUCCACGACUGGAACGUGGAGUGGGCCUUCACGCUGGAGCAGAUGCCCGAGCCGGCCAAUCUGGACGAUAAAGGUCUGUGUGUCUACGUCACCGACUCGGCGGAGGGCAAGCCCCUGGGGGGCCUCUUCUCCAAGGUCAAGAAGAGCAAACGCGUCUUCAUUGAGGACCGCGAUUCGGGCGCGUGGUUCUGCACCAAGGUCCAACGUCUCUGGAAGGACUGCCACGGAAAAUAACAUACAAAUACAUUGAAAAAAUUCGGAGGAAUUUUUCCGGAUUUUUUUCGGGAUGAGUCUGGUCAGAACAAUUGGUGUUGGAUAAAUGGGACAGUAAUUAGAUUAAGUUAGAUUUGUUGACGGCCUUGCUUUGUAUCUGUUGUUGCGGCUGACAGGAAUAUGUGGGAAAUACUCGGUUGGUGUUUUCUGGAUGAUUAUUUUUAAUUGGGGAAUUUUUAUUGUCGGUUUAUAUUAUUAUGCAUCGUGUUGUUUGUUGUCUGUGAAGGAUCGAGCGGAGCGACGCUGAAAAGCGGGAAAUGGAUUAAAAUAUUAUAU